GAGGAAAUUUGACCAAGUUUCUGUGCAGCAGUUGUGUGGAAAGGAAGGCAGAAUAAAAUUGGGCGCCUUUCAGCCUUCGGUAAAUGCUCGGAAUGACUUCGGAAACAAUCGUUACUCCGUGUGUGAACUGAAAGCAAGAUGGCGACGCCUCCGGGUAAGAUUUGAUUGUUUUCAUUAAAUAAAACUUCAAUUUUCAAACCUUUCUUGCAUCAGUUAGGCUUUAAUAUUUCGUUCAGAACUAGUUUAAUAUUUCCUCUAGUAAAACCCACGUUUAUAGCUAUCUUUGUGCAUUUUAAGUAACUUUUUUUUACCGAUUUUUAUACAGUAAUCGUACCACGGAAUUUCAGACUUCUGGAAGAGCUCGAAGAAGGACAGAAAGGCGGAGAUGGCAUGGUCAGCUGGGGUUUGGAACGUGAUGAUGAUAUUGAAUUAAUUCAAUGGACUGGUAUGAUAAUUGGGCCUCCACGGGUAAGACAGCGUAGAGUUCAGUUUAGUUUUGCACACAGCAUUUUAUACAAUAAAAAACACGUACACAGUGCAAAAAUAAAUAUGCUCGCGGAUUUUCAAUUUCCUUUGUGUUGUCCUGACAUGCUUAUAAAAACAGUCAAAAGUAUAGGGAAUACAGUUGUUAUUGAUGGAUUUAAGCAUAUAAAAGUUUGUAUAUUUAAUAUUUUGGAUGUGAGAAUGAUAUUUUACAAAAUACUGGAUACAUGCAGAACAUUGGGGAUAUGUAGCAGGUGGUUGUAACAAUUGUACAUUACAGGUCUAGGCCAUUAAUAGUAGUGGCAGAUACAUCUCAAAAUAUUGAGGAAGGACAGCAUUUAGGUUGCCCUAGUGUGCUGUAUUUUACAAAUAAAGCAUCCAGUUGCUUUCCACCCAUAGUAAAGUAUAUAUUUACUAUCCAGUCAAAAUGUCCCCGGCAAAAUGUCAAUUUCACACAAUAACAACAAUCCAAUUGUAGUUAAUAAUAGAACUGCUAAAUAGAUUAUGAACAAUAGUAUAAUCUAAUUAGCAAUAACCAAUCAAAAAUCAGAUUAAAUUUUUUUAUCUGAUAGACCAAUCAGGAAAAGCCAAGAUUGCCUUGACUGUAAUUUCUUGUAUGUUGCCAAUUCAGUGCAAUGUUGCCUGUGGCAUUUAUCCUAACAGGGCCUUGAUCUAACUUUAGACGGUGUUUGAUGGACGGAUUUAUAGCUUGUCCAUUAAGUGUGGCAACAAAUAUCCUGACGUUAAACCAGAAAUCAGAUUUAUAACCCGAAUCAACAUGGUUGGUGUGGACAAGAACACGGGAGUGGUAAGUUCAUUUUUAUAAAUUCUUGUAGUUUUUAAGGCACUACUUACACAGGCACAGACAGUUAUAUCACUUAAAGAGUGCUGUUCAGGGUCUUAGCUAGAAGGCCGUGUUGGCCGUGUUAUCACGGCCAAAAAUGGAAAAACACGGCUAGAUAAAAUGAACGCGGCUUCACUAUUUAUAUAAGGCCGUGUCGGUUCAUAAAAUAAGGUGUUGCUACUUACAACAGACAGAAUUUCUUCCUAUUUACAUCGUAAGAAAGUUUGUAAAAUCUACAGUUGUUGUUGAAAUUGGAAAAAGUGAUCCGUGAUGUUUUAAUGUUUUGAUGGAUAAUGGGAACCAUAUGCAUGGUGUUAAGUACUCAUGUUUAAUAAACGAGCAUGCAGGAGUCGCUUUAGACCUAAUAAAACACGACCUGCGAGUUUAUUUGAACGGCUUCAAACACGACAACAAAUUCAAUAGAUAUACUGCCUUAUUAGUAUUCUUUAUAUAAAGAAUACUAAUGAGAACACGACUACAAUAGAUACUGCCUUAUUAUAGUAUUCUUUAUAUAAAGAAUACUAAUUAGGAGUGUUUUAUAAGGUUUAAAGCCACUGCACGUGACAUAUUAUGGUUGACAUGAUUUGCCAAUAAGCUUAUGAAUUAUUAAUGAUGUUUGAAAAUGGUUUUAAAUAUACCCAAGAGUUGCUGAAAUAACUUAAUAAUUUAAUGAUUUAAUGUCAGUGUGAAAUAUGAGCGUAUGCUCGCCUUGUAUUUGGUUCCAAAGCAUAGAACAACCACAGAUAUAACUAGAACCGUGAAUUUGGCUAUUCAAGGUAAUUGAAAUGUGCACACCCUGGUCAUUUAGAAACACGCCCAAGAUCUAAAAUCCUAGCUAAGACCCUGGUGCUGUUGUAGCCCUUUGAAUGUCGGUUGUUUGAAUAUAAUGAUGAAGAGCCGGUAAAAACAAUCUUUCGUUGCUAGGGAUGUAACUACCUCUAAAAAUAUAAGGAGAAUUCCGAGCAAAGGCCCUUGAGCGAAGGACUCCAGACGAAGGGCCUUUCGCUCAAAACUUCGAAAUUCUCCUUAUAUUUUCAGGUAGUUGCAUCCCUACCAAUGAAAGCUUGUUAGGGACCCGUCAUUAUUUAUGGUGGGGGGUGGCACCGAAGAGAAAAGGGUUGGGUAAACAAAAUUUGAGUUAGUCAAAGGUUGGGUAAAUGAAAAACAAAACAACUCAAGGGUUGGGUAGUCAUUUCCAAAGCAUGACUCACUGAAAUUUUGGAGACUGAAAUGCAAUGUCAACAGUGAUAUGUCAAUACAAUAUGUGAAUCAAUCAGAGUCAUUAUCUUGAUCAUUUCAGUCCGAUUUGUUGCAGACAACAUGAAACUUUAGAAAAUUUCAGAAGCAUGCGUCAUCAAACUCAUGUCACAAAAAUGGUAAAGGGCAUGUGUGACAAAUGAAUGGUUUUCACUUUGUAAAGGUUUUGGCCAGGGGUGGGUAUUUAUUUUUUAAUUGAUAUUUGAGGUUGGGUAAUCAAAUUUUUGACUUUUUAAUGGUUGGGUCAGCAAACUUUUUGCCACAAAAAACAUUUCUCUUCGGUGCCACCCCCCACCAUAAAUAAUGACCAGUCCCUUAAUACUUUUGGCAUCAAAUCUAUCUUAUCCUAGGUCUACAAUAUUCCCAUGCUGAAUAACUGGAAAAGAAAUUGUACAAUGAAAUCACUUUUAACAGAACUUCGAAGGUACUGUACUGAAAUAAAUCUAGAAUUAAAUGCCUGCCAUUAAGUAGAUUGCCAGGUUUUUGGUUUACAGCAUGUAAAGAGAGUGCUGCCACUCAAUGGGUUAGUGUAUUCUUGGGUUUCAUAUGACGUCACAAAAGUGACAGGGGGCCAACUCUAAAACAAAACACAGUAAUCAGAUUGAGUAGAUUGUUCAUUUUGUGUAUUAGCCUUGUGUUUGGUGGCAAAUAAGUGGAUUUUCAUAUCAUUUUCUCACUCCAGUACAGCAUAAAUACAUUUGAGGUUGACACCCCGUCAGAUUUACUGAAUGUUGUAGUGAAACCUAAGAAUUACGGAAUGUAUCAAUGUUUUUCAUUAAUUUUCUUUGAACAUUACAGAUUAAUGACACAAAAAGAAAACAUGAAAACAGCUCAGCCAGUGGAGGGAUCAACUUUUCCUGACGCAAAAUAAGUGAACAUUGAGAAGAUGUUGCAAAACAUUGACAGUCAGAGUCUGGAAAUGAACUGCAAUUUUGCAUGCUUUGAUUAUUUGAACAUUUGUAUCAGGAGUGCUAUGAAUGUAGAUAGCCAGGUUGUGUAACGAGGCAACAUUAUGAUUGUUUUUGAAACUUGUUAACUGUGUUAUAAUUAAGGGCAAGUAGUGUUUUUUAAGAAAUAAGCUUCAACAUGAACUAAAACUUAUAGUUAGUUUGUUAGUAAACAUUAGACACAAAUAGACUACCUCCUACCUCUUUAAAGCUUGGUUUAAAUUUGGUUGCAAUGGCUGUGAGCAAGUCAUGGAUCUUGUCUUUUGUAUGCUGUAUGAGAGUCUGUUUACUGACAGCAGAGUUACAUGAACACACCAGUACAUUGGUCAUGACAGUCCCAAACAAUUGGCAACCAUGCUUUACCAAGCUUUACAUAAUUCCUCUUUCACUCCUGGGUCAAACCAAAAGUGAUUUACUUUUAUCCAGUGAGUCAGUGAUGGCAGUUCUUUCCAACAGUUUCUUGUGUCUAUUGUAGUAUUAGUUGAAUAUUAAAGAUCUCACACCCAAAAAAUAAUUGAUUAAACUUUCAGUAUUUUCACAUUUGAAUUUAGUCUUAAAGUAUCUCAUGAUUUUUGAAGUAUAUUAAAAUUAACAAUGGGAAGACCCACCAGAAAAAGCCAAACUAUAGGAAAAGCCAAACUGGUAAUGCCCACUAGCGCAGGCUAUAACGCCGCAGGACGUUCUUGAAUUUCGCUCGUAUUGAAACUCAAACCACAGACUUUGUGCCACGUAUGUAAUUUUGGGUGUUUUAUAAUUAUUCUAAAGGUCCAAAAUGGACCACUUUUUAUAUACCCACCCAAAUUCUCAUAAAGGAGUAAAAAUGUUUUGUGCAAUCAACUUCUUUACAACAACCAGUUCGUUGUAAGGCAGCCAAAUGGAGUCUCCUCAAAGAGGAUUUUGAGGGGAAUUACCACACAACUAAAUAUGAGAACUGUCAUCCCUCUUAAAUGUGACGUCAGACGACCAUGCGCAGCACUGGCUGACACCAAUCUAUCACACUACAUCAUACAACCUCGACAUCAUUAGACGAAGUACUGGGUUCUAUCUUAUCAUUUAAAAUCUCUUCUUCCGGGGGGUUCUCAAUUUUGUCGUCAGAUUCCGGGGCUGCUACAUCUUCCGGGGGUGCUACAUCUUCUUGAUCGUUCGAAGGUGAAUCUGUUUCCACUUGAAACGAUGGCUCCUCCAAACUAACUUUCGGCUCGGAAACAAGAGC